AAACACAUUGAGCAAAUGCAACUAUAUUACCUAGUUUUUUUUUGUUUCUCUUUGUCAGGGCUAUACAAGAAAUCAGGAAAACUGGUCUUCCUUGGCUUGGAUAAUGCUGGCAAAACCACUUUACUGCACAUGCUGAAAGAUAACAGACUGGGGCAGCAUGUUCCCACAUUACAUCCCACAUCAGAGGAGCUGACGAUUGCCGGAAUGACGUUCACUACGUUUGACCUUGGAGGUCAUACACAAGCCAGGCGAGUCUGGAAGAACUACCUCCCUGCCAUAAAUGGAAUUGUCUUCCUGGUUGACUGUGCAGACUACUCACGGCUUGCUGAAUCUAAAGUCGAGCUUGAUGCAUUAAUGACAGAUGAAACAAUAUCCAAUGUUCCCGUUCUCAUCCUGGGCAAUAAAAUCGAUCGAUCAGAGGCCAUUAGUGAGGAAAAGCUUCGGGAAAUCUUUGGCCUGUAUGGACAAACGACAGGGAAGGGGAUUGUGCCACUGAAAGACUUAAACACCCGGCCAUUGGAGGUGUUCAUGUGCAGUGUGCUGAAGCGGCAGGGCUAUGGAGAAGGAUUUCGCUGGCUUUCGCAAUAUAUUGACUGAACUCGAAACAAAUCUCUGCCACUCGGGACUGAACUAGUUUGCAGCUGUCUACGUUUUUGUUGGUUUUCUUUUCCUUAUAUUAAAAAAAAAUGUGCAUCUGUUGAUGAGAUCACAAUGCCAACCAGGAGGAAAUUCAGAAUAGCUGCAUUUUUAAAAUAUAAUUUCGAGUUGGGUGUUUGUAUCUAGAUUAAAAUUGGAAGUACUUUUCAGAGUGUAAUCUUUUUACAGUUCCUGUAUGUGCGUUGGCUGAGAAUUCACAUUAGAAUGAGGCAUAUAUUCCCAGAAAUAUAUGCGUUUUUUUUGGGUCCCCCUUUUUGAAAUGCUCAGUAGUCCCUGAAGCUGUGCAGGUAUGUCCUUGGUCCUGUCAAGACAUUGUAAAUGGAAUAGCAGCUGUCUGAUCAGCCCUCCAUAUUGUAGCCAAGUCAGGUGGUUGUCUGAUCACAAGUGAGAACACGUUUCUUGUCUGUCUUUAUCUGCAUUGACGUGGUUUGUGUUUGGAAUUAUUUAUAAAUUACAAACAGUUCAAAGGCUGACUUAGAGCAUACAGUCUUGUAGGUUUUCAAAUAUACCCAGCAAAAUGUCUUCUUUCAUGUUAUUCCCACAAAAUGAGGCUGAGAGAACAGCUGUGAGAGUUCUUUCAGCUUUCGGUUUACUCCUGGUGGGAUAUGCAAUUUACAUACAUUGUGAUGACAUUUUGAGAUCUUUAAGUGGCAUAUUUCCUGUCAAUUUCUAAAUUUACAAAUAAUUUGGCUAAUUAUUUUGAGAAUCAUUACUCCAGUGGUUGUUGUAUCAGUAUAUCGUGCAAGUUGGAUUUUGUGAUUGAGAAGGAGCUGAGCUUUUAAUAAGAGAUAUCUUAUCUCCUCCUGUAAUCUGCAUAUUCAUAAUCAUAAAGUAUAAUUGUUUUGGGACUUCAGAGAUUUAUGAAACUUAUGACAGAAUGAUGGCUCGCUCAACAAAGUUUUAUUUUUCCAUUUGGUAUGGAAAAACUUUGGGAAUGGGAAAAUGCAUAAACAACUCAAGUGGAUUAAGCAUAAUGCCAAGUCGCUUUUAAACUUGAUUAAUGAGCGAAUUGAAAUUAACACGAGCUGUUAACAUCACGGUGGAACUUGGGGGAACUCACUGACAUUUGGGAAAAUUGCACAAUUUCAUGCACACUUUUUAAAUUGUAAAGAUUUUCUAAAAUACAAUCUAAUUUGUACAGUUGAUGCUUUUAGAGUGAUUAUAGAGAUGUGACAUGUAAGCUGCAUAUUGUGGAAAUGUCUCGCAUUUACACUUCAACAGUUUGCGUGUGUUAGGAUCUGACUGGAUGGAACUUUACAUUGUUCCAUUGUCAUGGGAUAUGCUUAUGAUGUGAAAUUGAGGCAACAUUAUAAUUUUAUGUGGACAGCAAAUGAAUAGCCUUAAAAGGAAUGAGUAGUGGUAAAUCAACACUAUAUUUUUUUUUCUGCUUUUAUAGACUUUUGUCUGUUCAGAAUGGUGAUGUUCUUUCAAAGAGUUUUGGAAGAAUGGAGGCAUUCUGUGAACCAGUUUUAUUUGAUGCUGGAAUCAGAAAUUGCACUGUCUCCCUGCGCAGGAGUAAAUGGCUUUCUUAGACAAAAGAGCUUAUCUCUCUUAGGUCCCCAUGUGGCAAAACCAAAUGAAGGCUCAAUGCUUCCUGAAAUUGGAAUGUAGUAGAAACUAUUUAACAGGAAUGUUAUGUUUGUUUACUCACAUUUAGUUUUUUUUUUAACCAAUUAUGUGCUCAGUUGAGUGUUUGAAAAGAAAAUGUCUUUGCCCGAUAGGAAGGUUUUGUUUUUUUUUCUGAAGAGGUGUCUGCAGUAACCCAUUCUUGGGAUGAUUGUCAUUGGCACAGUCAUGGGGACUUGGCUGUCUAAGCAUUACUGGCAAAACCUAACAUUUUCUUUCACCUUCUCCCUAACACAACAUAUAAGCUCUGUACCCGCAAUAUUACUCAGUUCUUGCAGUUAUCAUCAUUGCUCCUCACUGUUUGAGAGGGUAUAAGUGACCACUUUAGCCCCUUACCAAUCUGAUGUCUUCAACUCAGUCUUAGAAAUAAAAUUAUUCUUUCCCUCACUCAAUUCAUUUGCUAUUUGGUAGAAAGAUAACCUGCAAUGUAUAAAUGUAUUAUAAAUCAUUGCUUUAUUUGAAUUAAACAAUUAUAUAUCUUCA